UCGCGCGAGAAAUGCUCACUUCCUCAUCGCUUUGCUUUCUGGGAAACAUAGUUCUACUGUGCCGGUUGGGUUGCUGAAGCUAUUUGCGAGGAGGUGCCAAGAUGGCGGCCCUGUGGGGAGGCGGUGCGGGACAUGCCGGGGCUGGAGGAACUCUCCCGCUGCGAGGGGGCUCGGAGCCCAUAGUGGGCAAUGGUCUUUCUUCCACGCAGUACCUAUUGACAGAGGAUUUGCAUUUGACAUCAUUGGAGGCAGAAACCAUCCUUGAAGCUGGAGAGUUUCUGGAAACGAUGCAGGACUACUUAGACUCUUCUGUCAUCUCCAUCAUUGAGGAUUUCAGCAGUCUGACUGAGACGAAAGGUCGCAUGGAUGCAGAGAAUGAACUUUCCCUAUUGACUGCAAUCACAGAGAUUUUGGACAGCACUGAUGAUGAGUCUCUCUCUCCAUUUGACACCAUUCCUGACUCUGAAUUGCUGACAUCACCUAGGGAACGUGAUAAUUCUUCGUUUCAGAGGUUUCUCAGCUUGUCUGUGACACCCACUGAGCAAGACGUUUGCACCAUAGAGGACUUCAAGGAUCCUAGACUUUGCUCUGUUGUGACAGAGAAGGCUGAAGCCUGCACUGCCAACCUCCCCUUGGCACUCUCUCCAAGUUGUCCCAAGGAUUCAGCUACUUCAAAGAAACCAAGCAACAAACGGAGGCUGUUUAGGCAUAAGGAACGAGAGCCACCUGUGCUGCAACGCAGUGAUGGGGAGGAGGAGGAGGAGGAGGAAGCCGUGGCAACAAGCAGCAGGCAGGCUUUUGGGACAGGUGUGAAGGAGAUCCCUGUGGCAUCAACAACAAAGGAGGUUGAGCUGGACCCAGCUGCAAGCAACGGUCUCUGUGUCAUUGCCCCAGAGAGCAUCUCCCUCAGUGAGCUGGUGAGAUCAAUGCACCCUUACUGCCAACCCACCUUCACUGUGUGCCUGAGUCCUAACAGCCAACCCCUUGCCAAGGAGCUCCUUGAUGGCCCAGUUGUCUUGGAGGUAGUGUCUGAGGGUGGAGAAUGCAUGGAGAUCCCUGUGGUCCUGCAGAAUAUGGAGGCGGAGCUUCUGUGCAGAAUUGAUAGCAACUGCACAACUGGCCACGUGGACAAAGAGGCAGGACUCUCGGUCACUGCCCUGGAAAAACGAUUACCUGAAGACAACACCAAGACUGCAGGCCUAGAGAGAGAGCUCGACUUGGACAAACAGGCUGAAGGGAUAGGCAGCGCUGCCCUCCAAGGGAUUGAAGAUGCUCAUUCAGGAGCUGAAGUGAAAGCUAAGAAAUCAGAUGUUGAUCAAGAAAGUAGCUCUCAGCCUGGCCCAGCUGCACCCAAAAACAUAAAAGUCAGUGCCUUGGAGAAAGGCCGGUUACACACCAAAAAGAGGAAAAAAUCCAACAAGAAGUCAAAGUGGAUCAAAGAGGUCGUAAACUGCAGGCUGACUUCUGCCUGUACUGAAGAUCAAACUGGGACUAAGCCAAGCAACCCUGUGCCACAGAAGCAGCUGGAGAAAGCUGGAGGGCAAGGUCAGGAUGAGUUGCUCCCAGACCAAGAAUCCCAGGCAGUGGAAAGACUGGACACUGAGAUGGACGAAUUGUUGCAGUGUGAGCUAGUGCCCCCAAACUCACUUGUGUCAAGUUUUCCAUGCACAGAGGAACAGCCGUCUCCUCAGCUCCAGGGCAGUGCCGCCUCACUGCCUCCAGAUGAAGGAGAUGUGCAGAGGGAGCCCAUCUUGCUGGCAAAUGAGAUGGCUGGCUCAGAACCUUCCCAGCAACUCCCCAGCAGCACUGGAGACCUAGAAAGGCAGCAUCCAAGGAGUCCCCUUUGCGCUGGCAAUGAGGACAUCAGCUGCCCCCCAAAAGAAGUGAAGCCCAGGCCUCUGAGCCUGAGUGAGUACAGGCAGCGCCGGCAGCAGCACCAGCCUAGGGAUGGGGGCUCCAGGAGCGGCACAGAGAACCAGAGUGCCAGCAAGUGGCCCAGUCUCCCUGAACUCCCCACUGAGUUGGCUGACCUUCCUUGCCUGGUCCCUCCACUGCCCACCAGCGUUGCUGUGGCAAAGGAGUCCAAAAAGCCUGCAUGCUCCUCUGCUGCUCCUGCCCCAGCUGACAAAGCAAGUCCCACACCUCUCUCUGUGCCGGCUCCAGCAGCAAAUCCUGCACCAAGAUUUGUUCUUCCUUUGCAGCCUGGCAGUGUGAGCACUGCUCCUUCUGCUCCCAUCCCUGCUAUCUCCCCUCUGCCUAGUAAAGUAGGUGCCUUUCCCCCUGUUGGGAUGCAGGUUCCCUCAAUGCUGCCCCCACCUUACCUACCAUCAGCCCCGGGGGCUUUCCUUCCAGCCCCUCCUGAUUCAUACAUCUUGAGCUCACCACCAGCUCAGCCAUCCUGGCCUCCUUUUGCCGCUCUGCCUACCAGCUACCAAAGCUUGCCACCUCCGCUUCUUGCUGCCGAGGCUCGCCCUCCUGUCUUCCAUGCGAUUCCUCCUGUGCCCCCUCUGACCUGGCCUCCUCCACCCAUUCCCUUGCCUCCUUUUGCCCCAGCCCCCCCUUAUAGCUCUGUAGAGUGGGCUCCACUGCCACCUUACUGGCCAGGUAUCCCAGUGCCACCGCCUCCAAUGUUGCCUGUUCCUUAUGGGGAUCAGGGAGCUCUUACGCAGAGCCCCUCAGCUAGCCAUUUACCUGCCCUGUGUUGUUCAGAAGGGUCACUUGGCCAACAGAGUACAGCUCUGAUGCCAGAGCCAUCUCACUUCAGAGUGCAAAGCCUGACAGCCAGUGAGAAGCUAGGCCUACCUGCCCAAGAGUCCCAGGUGCAAGUCCCUUCUGCAGUCAAGGCUGCCCCCAGAAGAGUGUCUGACCCAAGGAGGCAAGCACAGUCCUCGGCUGCCGAGUCCAAAGCCGAGGUGACUUCAAGCAGCUUUCAGCCCCUGGGGAAGCUGCCUUCUCCAUCAAUUGUUGAGUCUUCACGGGAAACAACACUGACUCAGCCAAUCAGGAACAGCUCCAUCCCCCAGUCCUUAGGGGAGCCUCCUUCUGUGCCGCCUUCCCAGCAUGCCAGGGAGGCUGAUGGCCCACUGAAGUCCUUAGAAGAGCCCUCCUUUCUGUGUGCUCUACAACAGCCUGCAGGGAAAACCCUUGCACUCUCUGGCCCUAUGGAGAAGACCUUUACUAUACCUGCUGCAGCUCUGAGUUCCAAAGAGGCUUCUGCUGUUUCCUGGCCACAAGAAGAGGAACGGCCUUCCCUCCCUGCUGCCUUGAUGGCAGAAAAGCUAAUGGUGCCAACUUCAGUGGAGACAGAUGCCAUGGAAGCUGCCCCAACAGUUUCUACUUCUCCAGCAUCAGCAGCUCCCCAGAAGGCGCAUGAAACUUCCCAGCUUUCCAAGAGACCAACACAUAUGUGGAAAUACCAGCCUCUCAUCAGCAUUGCUCAGCGCAGCCGCAAUAAGGAUAUCGUUCAAGCAUUUAUCAGUGAGAUUGGAAUUGAGGCCUCUGAUUUGUCCAGCCUGCUAGAGCAAUUUGAAAAGAUGGAAGCCAAAGAAGCAGCUCCUAUUGUGGCAAAGUCCAGGGAAAAUGUGACUGCAGGGAAUGAUGGCUCUGAGGCACAGCGGGAAAAGAAAAUGAUGGAGCGGCUUCAGGCACCAGAGCUCACCAAUGUUGCAGGACUGACACCUCCAGCCACUCCACCCCACCAGCUCUGGAAACCUUUGGCAGCUGUCACACUGCUGGGAAAGGCUGGGUCACCUAAAGGUGCCAGGCUUGUGAAAUCCUUAGGCAAGCCUCAUCGAAGAGCUCCAGUCCCAAUUCAUGUAGGCUCCGGUGAGCAUGACUACUGUCAGCUCAGUGCUACCCAGCCAAAGGGAGGUGCCCAAUGGAAUGUCAAACAAAACUCAGAUAUCACUAUAAAGCCCAUCAACGCCAAGGCAAAAGAAGUGUCUUGCCAGCCUGCUACAAACCAGCUCCCUGCUACUGGCAGACUGGACCAUGUUGGCACCCUCAGUAUGGCUGCUGCCAGUCAGAAUCCUAAAGAGUCUCCUAACCUUGAUGAUGCUGGCCACGGCCAGAUCAAAGUUUCUAGUCCUGUUGCCACUAGUUCAAGCCCUGGCAUGUCAGAAUCAUCACUAUUAGGCAGCAGACCCACAAGCUCACGCACAGAGCCACUGGACCAUCGGACUAGUACACCAAGGUCUAUGGCUAGGGGCAGUGACGAUCCCUGCUCUGUACUGUUAUCUCCGGCGGCAUCCCCAUGCCGGGAUGCAGAAGAACCAACGUCACAGCCAUCUGAAGAGAUUCAGCAGAAGCAUCUGGCUUCCAAACGCUCCUUGCGAUGCUACCGGGGGAGGCAGAAAUCAGACAGUUCCCCACAGGGCCACUGGAAAGGCAGACGAACCCGUGCCAGCCGAUCCUUCAGCUCCAGCUCUGAUGGAGACAGCAGCUCCUCCUCUUCCUCUUGCUCCUCCUCUUCCUCAUCUGCGUCCUCAUCACGGUCACGCUAUCGCUGUCCCCCAUCAAAGCGCUGGCGAAGAUGUUGUUCGCGAAGUUCCAGCUCCUCUUCUUGUGAUAGCUCAUGGAGCCGAUCAAGGGGCAGGUCCCGAUCUUCCUCAUGCUCCUCCUACGUGUCAGGAUCAUCCUCCCGCUCCCCCUCUCCACGCAGGAGUAGCUGCAGGAAACGAUAUGAUUCCAACAGUUCCCGUGAGCGUUACCAAAGGCAGAAAAUCAGAUACAAAGAGCGUGCAAUAGAAGAACGUCGUGUUGUCUUCAUUGGGAAGAUCCCCAGCAGGAUGACCCGUUCAGAGCUGCGACACCGUUUUUCCGUGUUUGGGGCCAUUGAGGCUUGCACACUGCACUUCCGGGAGCAGGGGGAUAAUUAUGGCUUUGUGACAUACCGCUAUGCUGAAGAUGCCUUUGCUGCUAUAGAGGAUGGGCAUACACUGUGUCGCCCUGAUGAGCAGCCCUUUGACCUGUGCUUUGGAGGACGCCGGCAGUUCUGUAAAAGGAACUAUGUCGACUUGGACUCAAACCGAGAUGACUUUGAGCCUGUUCCUGUGAAGAGCAAAUUUGACUCUCUUGACUUCGACACCUUAUUGAAGCAGGCUCAGCGGAGUCUGCGGAGGUAACGCUGGCUCUCUUGGGCUCAUUUUGCCCAGUAGGCUUCUGCCUUCACCAGCCUUACCUCAGAUUGGCUGCAGGGGCAGGUGCCCCCCAGGCCUAGCUGCUAUGUCCAGCGUGGUUUUGUAAGGAAAUGUGACAAAAAAUCCCAUAAACAAUUUUUAUUCUGACUGGUUUUUUAGGGACUGCUUAAGGGAAGCGCACUUCUCUAACAGUGGGGACAGGAAUGGGAAAAUAACACCAACCACCUUCAGUCCACUGAAUCACUAUGCAGACAAUAAACUCUAAUCAUAGA